GAAGCAGCCCAAAAAGUCCAGCAAGAGUAAGCGUUUUUCAUCAGGAGAAAACCUCAGCCGCAGAAGGGGAUGAGAGCCGCAGCAGUUAGAAGCAACCAAUGUUUUUCUGUUCUUCACUUAGCAGCAGAGCCGCAUCCAUUCAAGUCCUUUCUUUUCUGUCAAUUAGCCACACCAAGAGUCGCAUGAGCUCUUCUAGCCUUCUAUUCUUUCUAUUCCAAGCAUAAAAAAAGGAGUAGAUGUAGCAGUCGUUCAAAUCUUUCGAUUUCGUAUCAAUUAGCCGCAUCAGUCAUACUUUUUGUUUUGCGGAGGAUCAAUUGGGGGCAUCAGUUUUUCUUCUUCUCUUGAGAAACAAUCCCAGCAGCCACACCAGACAACCAAGUGCAGGUAAAGAGCGGUUCUUUCAGCUGAAUGAAUUGGAUGAGUGGAGGGCUCAGGCCUUUCAUAAUUCAUACUUAUACAAAGAGAGAGUAAAGCAGGCUCAUGACAAGCACAUUAAGGCGGACCGCUAGUUUGCAGAGGGGGAGAAGGUGUUGUUGUAUAAUUCAAGAUUGAGACUUUUUCCUGGGAAGCUGAAGUCCCGAUGGACGGGACCAUACACUGUACGUCGAGUAUAUCCCUAUGGAAGUGUGGAGAUUGAGCAUAAUGACGGCCGGGUUGUCAAAGUCAACGGCAACCAACUCAAACACUAUUUUGGGAGAAUAUAUGAAAAGCAGAAGGAGGUUUUAAGCCUCGAAGCCAUCUUUGAAUGAGAUUUUAUCGUCAAGCUAGUGACGUUAAAGAAGCGCUUCUGGGAGGUGUGGCAUGGGAGUUCAUGAACUGAUUUUGGAAGAAUUGCAGCCCUAUGUAGAUGAGGUUACUGAGGACUACUCACUGCAGUUCCUUCACUGCAGGCCCGGGUGCAAUAUGAGGGCUGGUCAGAACUUCAAGCAAUUGCAGGGUUAAUGGUUGGAGACCUAUACAUGCUCAAGAAGUUGGGAUCUCUGGACAGAAACUUAGUACCAGCAGAGGGAGAGAUUGACCAGCUGUUGGGAGAUUCAGGAUGGCAUCACAUGCUGAUUUCCGAUGACCAGAACAACUGCUCAUGGAUAGUAGACCGCAUGAACUAUUUCUCUGUUGGCAGGAGCAUCACAUUACAUAAGGGAGGAAAUGAUUGGAUGGCUAGCACACUCCCAUUGGGUUCAGCGGACAGGAUUUUAGCCUUCAAGUGGAAGAAUUCAGCAGCUUCUACACAUCUGGCAGAGUCAUUUCAGACUUAAGGUCAUGGCUCUAGGCGCACUAUACAGACUUCUCAUAACCAGAGACCGACGGACUAUCCGAUGCUGAGUUUUAUGUUAGUCUGGAGGUUAUUCACUGCAGUUUGGCUUAUACGGUAAUCUGUCAACUCUUACUACGUUGCUAAAAAUGUGUGUUUACUGUCUUAUUACUCCUUUGUUGAGUUGUGUUUAUUAUUAUUCUGAUUAUCAUGUGCUGUCGGGCUGAAAACCAUUUUAUUCUUUAACUUGCCCCCGUUAUUUCUUUUUUUAUCUUUUCUUUGACCUCGAGGGCGAUGUCACCCCUAAGUGUGGGGAGGUUUGGUUUUAGCUUGGACAUGAUAUUUGGUUAUGAAGUUAUUCUGUCCGAAAACAUUUUGAAGUGCACGAGGUUCUUUUUUCUAGUAUAGCAACGCAACAGAGGUAACUUGUUAAUCUUUAUUUUCUUUUGUAAUCUUCCGUCUCCUCCAUCUUUCUUGGAAAGAAUUAGUAAUGGUGUAAUCAUCGAGGUGGUGUGUAUAUUCUUGGGAAAUGUUGGCAUGUUAGAUGGUUUGAUUUGUGUUGAUUAAAUUCGGUUUUACUCGUGAUUCACUAGUUCGACAUCAAUAAUUGCUUGACUGGCCAGGUGUUGAAAAUCCUUACUCCGUAAGGAGCUCUGCUUUCUAAGCAUAUCGAGAUAAAUUCAUGCUAAGCAGGCAACUGAUUCUUGUUAAGGGAUUACACUUCGUGUGUCGAGAAUUUCAUCUCCGAAAAGGGGCUCUGUUCAUCUCGCGAAUCACCCCGUGUGAGAGUUGAGUAUGCAUAGUAAUGAGAUAAACUCCCAGGUCCUAUAGCUAGAAUCAGCCCUGUAAUCCAGAACCUGGCCAACUUUUCAUAUUAAAAAAAAUUGAAUCACGAGCAUACCGGUUUUUAUCACACAAUUCUUGGGUUUUUGGAAUGAUUGGUGGUUGGAUUUCACACACCUACAUCGUUGGGACCAUCAUGCUUUUCUCUACAUUUAGUCGGUGGGAGAGGGAUUUUACUUUUGAUAAUAUUGUUUAACAUGUGAAUCUUGGUUUUGUUGUUAAGAAAGAAAAGACCUUGUGCAGUCAUUUGUUUUGGGUGUGAAUGAUUUUUAAACCAAGUGUUACAUGUGAUUAUUUUGUUUUCGUGGGUUUAAUACAUACAUUGUUGCUUGGGGGCAAGCAACGAUCAAGUGUGGGGAGAUUUGAUAGGCUCAUUCCGUCCCUAUCUUUUCACCCAUAUUUUGGGUGUUAAUUGUCUAAUUUUUAUAAUUAAUCGGGUGACUAUUGGGGGUUUUGAAUGAAACUUUGUAAUUUUUCGGUUCCAGUGUCAUUCAUUUUCAGUGUAGUAUUUUUCUACGGAGUUUGACAUUUUUGGAGUAAUUUAAUUGUAAAUUACAUAUUUUUAGCGGAUGUGAUGAGUUGUAAUUAUACCGGUUGAUUUUUGCGGUGACUAACAUGUUAUGUUUGGACCGGACAUUUUGAGAAUUCUGUUAUGAUUAAUUUGGCACACCAUCCCAACAAAAGAAAAAAAAGAAGAGCAUUCAUCUGAAGCAGCCCAAAAAGUCCAGCAAGAGUAAGCGUUUUUCAUCAGGAGAAAACCCCAGCCGCAGGGGGGGAUGAGAGCCGCAGCAGUUAGAAGCAACCAACGUUUUUCUAUUCUUCACUUAGCAAUAGAGCCGCAUCCAUUCAAGUCCUUUCUUUUCUGUCAAUUAGCCGCACCAGGAGUCGCAUGAGCUCUUCUAGCCUUCUAUUCUUUCUAUUCCAAGCAUAAAAAAAGGAGUAGCUGUAGCAGUCGUUCAAUUCUUUCGGUUUCGUAUCAAUUAGCCGCAUCAGUCAUACUUUUUGUUUUGCGGAGGAUCAAUUAGGGGCAUCAGUUUUUCUUCUUCUCUUGAGAAACAAUCCCAGCAGCCACACGAGACGACCAAGGUUUCAAAACAUCAAUUUCAUUCAAUUUCUUCCAAUCUAAUUUAGAUUUUCAGCAAGUAUCGUAAGUUUGGAAUGAAUUUUGAAUUUGUUUAUCUCUGAUAGCUAACUUCAGUUUUUUUUCAUUUAAUACUCAUAAUUCACUUUUUAUUUCUAGUUCAUUAUCAUGUUUACC